CCAAGUUGACCAUGUUGACAGAUAUCAUAUCAAAACAAAUAAAAAUUUCCUAGUUUACAAUACCCUAAAGUUUUGGACAAUUUCCUAGUAUACACAUCAGUGCAGUACUUCGAGCUAAUCCCAUUCAACAAUAGAGAUUUUGCAUAUAAUCUGUUGCGUAUUCAAGAUGUCUGAGAGAAAUGAAUGUGAGACGAUGAUGUUUGAGAGUGAUGACCAUCAGACGACAGUGCUACAAACAUUGAAGGACAUGUACGACCAGCGCCUUCUGGUGGAUAUCACAUUAUGCGUCAAUGACCGGGAGUUUCCAACCCACAAGAACAUUCUGGCAGCGAUCAGUCCAUAUUUCACAGCAAUGUUUACGACAGAUUUGAGUGAAAGUCGCCAGCAGAAGAUCUGCCUUUUUGAAGUUGAAGCAGACGCCCUAGCUUUGAUCAUCAAUUAUGCUUACACUGGACGUGUUGACAUUACACGAAACAAUGCUCAGAAUCUUCUAGGGGCAGCAUCCUUAUUUCAGAUAUCCACAAUUCAGGAAGCAUGUGCAAAGUUCAUGGAAUCUCAAUUCGACAUUUCAAAUUGUAUUGGGAUACACUGCUUUGCUCAGAUCCAUGACUGUGGUGACCUCAGGUUGAAAUCUAAAGAAUACAUCGAGAAGAAUUUUACAGAAGUUAUGCAAGGGGAAGAGUUCGUGUCGCUCUCACCAGAAAAGAUGGAGGAGUUUCUCUCAUCUAAUGAACUCAAUGUCGAGUGUGAAGAUACUGUGUAUGAAGCACUUGUCAAAUGGGUUGACAAUGACAAAGAAAACAGGCAGCAGUUCAUGGAGAAGCUACUGCCCCUUGUUAGGUUUGGGCUUCUCAGUCCAAAGUUUGUACAAGGGCACAUCGCUAAAAACGAGAUGGUGCAAAAUUCGCCAAAGUGCAGACAAAUUUUAGAAAAUGCAAAAAUCUUUGAGACAAAUCCUGAGAAAUGCUUGAUAGACCAAACUUUCAGUGUUGUGUUAAGAUCUGGAAUGAUUAAGCCUGAUCUCUGUCUGUUGCUUAUCGGCGGUGUGGAGCAGAGUCGCCCAGCAAUAAACUGUUAUAAUCCUUUGACGAGAGAGACUUAUUACAUAGCAGACUUUCAGGAUGCAGAUAGUCAUAUUGCACAUUACGAUGUCGAGGAUCCUGCGAGUGUUGUGACACCAGAGAAUCUCAUGUUCGUGGCUGGUGGGAACUAUGUUUAUCGAGAGAACUACUUGGAGGGAUUGUCAGAUGAAGAUUCAUUAGACGAGUACGACACUGGAGAAGAGACUGUCAGACGAGACGUCUACCAGUACGAUAAUGAUCAUGACACUUGGAUCCCAAGGGCACCAAUGUUGUUUCCAAAAUCAAACUUCUCAUUGGCGUACAGUAACGGUAAACUGUAUUGCUUUGGUGGACUCACUGUUCAUCAGCAUCCUACAGAGAUAGUGGAGAGUUACGAUAUUGCAAUGAACAGGUGGAACUAUGUUUGCAUGAUGCCGACGAAGUUAGUCGAUCUCACUACUGUGACACUAAAUGGGGUCAUUUACAUCAUGGGUGGUAGGACUGGUGUUGGGGCGCACAAUGUUGUUAUCAAGUUUGACCCAAGCAAUGUUGAAUGGUCUCCACUAGCAGGUAUGCCAACUCCAAGGUUCAACUUUGGGGCUUGUGUUGUUGAUAAUGAAAUCUUCAUUGCAGGGGGUCAAAUCUACUCCCAUUCAAGCCACACAAUUAACCGGGAGGCCCUCAGCUCUGUUGAAAUCUACAACAUUGAGCAAAACCAGUGGCGCCAAGGGCCAGAGCUGCCAGUCAAUAUGUACAAUGUUGGUUUGUGCUUCUCAAAUGGUUCUAUCUAUGCAUGCGGUACGACUGAACACCAGCGCUCCGCCUACAGAAUCUUCCGUUAUAACGUAGUGUAUCAGUUAGACUUAGCAUCAUCUGUAUGGAAAAAAUUAGAGGGAGAUAUAUGUGACAUUAGAGACUUUGCAUGUGUAGCGGCCAAACUUCACACAAGAAAACUAUCGCAAGUUUUCCGGCCCGAUGUGGACACCUAGCAACGACUGUCAGUGUCUAAAUGGUGCAACGUACUCUAGUCCUGAGUCUGCCGAACAAAAACAGAAGAUGACUAUUAGUGACAAUCAUCCAUGAAACACCACUCCAGUUCAGAAAAUGAUGUCAUUUUGUGAAGAAAUAUCCAUGUACUUGCUGUCAUGUGAGUAACUGCAGAAUGGAGAAAACCACCUUGAUGAGCAUUGUUUCAAAGUCAUCCAAACAUAAGACUUCUUUGCAAUACUUAUGCAUGUUUUUGCAUGUGCAGGAAAAGUUUUUCUGAUAUCUGUGCAAUUUUUGCUCUGUUCCCACCUAAUCACUAAGUUAGCUUUCUCGGCAGAUUACCUACAGGAGCCAGAGGGGGCACUGUUUUGACACUGCUUUAUGUUUUACCGUAGAUGUGAUAUAAGUCAGCAAGUGAAACUUGUUGAGCUCUGGCAUGCGUGCUUUUGAAAUUAUUAAAGAAUGAUUUGAUCUGGAAUUGGUAAUUUAUUAUGUUCAUAUACAGUAUUAUUUAUUUAUUUAUUUCGUACUCGUAUUCAAGCAAUGUGUACUAUUUUAAAGCCUGACAAUUAGGCCUACAAGUCAUAUCUGUUGCCUGUUGAUGAUGAUUUUUGUUAGUGAUUGUCAUUAGUAAGCUGUUUAUGGUUCUAAUGUUAAAUGUGCUUUAGCAAUUACCCAUACGUAUAUAUGUGACCCGUCACAGCAAAACCAGGCGCAUGUCGCACGGAAGAUGAGCCAAAGUGACACCAGGAGAUAAUGGAAGAAAUUGAUGUGCUCAUAUUUCACAAAAGGCAGACAAUAGAGAAAUGAACAGACAGUCCGUCUCAACCUGCCAAGCUCAGAGUGACAUGCGCCUGGUUUUGCUAUGACGGGUCACAUAUAUUAGAUGCCCUUGAAGAUUAUGAAACUACCUGCAGUGCUGUUGAAACAAUUUGACGAUGCGUUUUGUGUCUAGUUAUUGCUGAUUGAUAGUUUUGUGGUUUUGUUUUGUGACAUCGGUUUCAAUAAUGCUGGCAUUUUUUCUAAAUGGUCAGACUCAUCUCAGGUGGAACUAAUCUGAUAUUAAUUCAGGUAAUUAAGCAAUAGCGUCUUGAAAAGAAACAUAAUACUUGUUGUGCAAGUUUUUGUUUAGGUUUCAGAAAAUCAGCGUCAGUACUCAUUUUAAGACAACAUGUUUUUGAAACUUGAUAUAGCUUCCUUCCUUCACAAGAAUCUUGAAUAUAAUUAGAUUGUGUUUGCACCGGUUCAUACUAAAGCUGCGUUUUAUAUCAUGAUCUUUUUGGACAGCCUAGCUUUGAUUUUGCAUAGUUUUAAUUUUUGAUGUGAAUUAAUGUUGAAACUUUUUAUGAAUGUGGUGACCUUUAAGAGCCAUUUUCUGGUAUUUGAUGCAUACCUGUGACCGUUUCCAAUGUAGGCAACUUUUCUACCCAAAUUCAUGUUUGAUGGAAUAAAAUGUUAGGCAAGGUGGUACAGUUAUAUCCCCAGUACAAUUAGAGCAGGGAAGAAGACAGCUGGUUGUGCCCAAUAAUGCACACUGAGGCUAUAAUGGUACCACCUAACCUUAA